AACUAAGUAUGUGGACAUUACUUGGGUAUAUAAACUGAGUUUGGUAAAUUUCCGAGUUAGUAAUUUGUUGAGAACGGUACGAACAAAUCAGGAAUCUAUCCACAAAUAUUAGAAUGUUCAUCAAAUUAAUGAUGUUUGCUUCAUUAAUGGCUGGAGUUUUCUGCUCACCAAACUCUAAGCGUCUUCCUUACGGUGCUCCACCGAAAAUCGAGUAUACCGAGAUUCCGCAUUGCGCCAAAAAUACUACCAAGGCGUGGUGUCUUGAAGACUCUGAGUAUCCUCAACACGAAGUUCAACAAGCCCUUGACCAGCACUACCAGGCCGUCCUCGCAUUCUACAAAGAGAAAUUAGCGAGCACUGAAAACUCUGUUAACGAACUUGACAAGUUUAAUGACGAGGUUUACCUUUGUCCGAGUUCCACCGAUUACGUCCGUCCUCUCCGUGCCAUCAAUGUUGAGGGAAAAUGGCGGAUCAUUGUCAAUCGGAUCGAAUCUUAUGGUGUUAAAUAUACUCAAACUGCUCGAAUUGAGGAAUGUAAUGUUGUUGUCGGCACCAGUUGUCCAUUGGUUCCCUCGUGCCACGAAUCCAAAUGCAUCCAGAAGAAUAUUUUUCAUCGCUUUUUAGUCUACAAUCCUUACGAUUACACCUUCCCGUUUACGAUUGAAAAAUUUAGGCUGCCUGGAUCAUGCGGAUGCGUUGUUGGAGCAUUUCAUCUUUGAAAACAACCGGUAGUGAACCCGACUGAAGGCAGAUAAGACGUCAUUCUAGAUGACAAUGACACCUUGUGAACGUAUUUAAAUUAAUAUUUUCAAUGACAAUUGAGAAAUACAAUUUUUAAUCACA